AUGGAGCGUGACCUCUUAGCUCCAGAGAAGUCACGAGUACUGCCCGCAUACAGCCAAAUCGCGAGGCGUAAAGAGAGCCCACCCAUCGCCGAACCAGCACCACUACCACGCCGGAACAUCGCCUCGCGAGGACGUACUCCCCCAGAACUGGAAGAAGAAGAUCUGCAGGAGGAGAAAAGACUGAAGGCCGGCUCGGAAUCGGUAUCCAAGUCGGCAUCAGCUUCAACCUCUGCCUCCACCUCGAAAGUCACACCCACUCCACCGCGGAAACAGCCGGUGACGAGGCAUAACUCGCCACCUGAGUCACCAUCUCCCACUACCUCACCGACUUGCAUGCAAUCUGAGAUGCAGGACUUCGGGGAGCAGCACCCAGAAGGGGAGAAACCCUCUGAUAGCACAUCUUACGCCACCCUCGCCCCAGUGCAAGAAGAAAUGGCAUUUGAACCCACUCCUGGACCAUCCUCGGCGCCGGACAGCUAUGUAGGGAUAGCUACCGCGCUUAGAACAGCCCCACCUUCGCCCACACCUCCACCAACUACAAGGCCACAGCAGCCUGUAGCAACACAACCGCAGCGGACGCAGCAGCCGCAGCAGCCGCAACAGCAGCGGCAACAACAGCUACCCACACCCGCAUCUGCGCCAACGGUCGCCGUCACUGGGGCAACCUUGGCAGUACCGGCAAACGACCCCAUUGAGCGCACAGAGCGUCAAAAGAAAAAGAGGAAAAGGAAGAAGAAGAAGGAGAAGGUGGCCACACUGGAUGUAGCAGUAGUAGGCACGUCUACCCCACUUCUUCCCCCAUUGCUACCACGCAGCAGCGGCCACAGCAGCCGCGCCAAGCGACCUUCCCUGCCCAAAUCCAGAGAAUGCAAACUACCCACCAACCCCGAGAACCACUCCAAAGACGGACAGUAG